UGAAAUACUGCAUGACCCAUGAGGCUCCCUCUCCUGCUCACUCUCUCUAUCAUUCGCUCUCGCCCAAAAUAGCCUCUUCUGCGACACACAAACACACAGAAAAAGAGGGGGAGGCCAUUGUCCUGAGAAGACAACAAUCUCACCCCUAAAUUUUUCUACUGUUUCAACAGAGAGUGAUUGUCAAACUUUAUGUUGGUUUUCCGGCGAUGUCGUUUGCAAGCGGCAGGAGAAUCAUGUUCUCUUCUCUGGUGGUUCUGUUGAUCAUCUCGCUGCUCCAUAUUUGGCUCUGCUGCGACUGCCAAGCUGGGGCGAUGCGGAUUUUUCCCGGAAACGGCGUCGGAGAGGAGAAAGGGAGACACCAAAUGAAAGCUAGGAAGAGCAAUGAGGAUUUGUUCCGCAAGUUCUUCAAUGGAAGAGCUUUUGCUUUUAACCGAACUGCAAAAGGAUUUGACGAGAGCAAAAGAAGAGUACCCAGUUGCCCAGAUCCUCUUCAUAACAAGCAGAAAACCGGGGGUAUUUUGGUAUCUUAAGUGCUUUCCAUGAAUGGAGGAUCCAAAAGAAAAAAAAAAAAAGGACGAUCAUGAUGUGUAUAGAAGCUGAGAUUUUGGCUCUACAGUACUGAUCAAUAUUGGUGACUUUGUAUUGCUUCAAUCUCUGUGUUAUCUCUUCAUAAACCUUUCUAGUUUUAAACAUGGAGAAGAAGAAAAAAGAAAGGAGUGGCAGCAAUGUAAUUAGAGCGAGAGAAAGAGAGAUUCAUGUCUCUACAGUACUGCAUCAAUACAUAGCAGGACCCAAUUUUUAGAGGUGAUGAAGAAUGCAGAGAAGCUUGUUAAUUUGUUUCAAAGCAGUAUUAAUCAGUAUCGACUUUAUUGACAAUUCAAUCCCCAGCUUGCAAUUGUGGUAAUCCAUGUAGUGUUUUUCUUUGUUUAAUUUUGCUUUCCAUUAUUGCAGUGCUGUACCUCAUUUUCCCAUAACAAGUAAAAUCUGAUUGUUCA